GCCCUCCAUACAAAAGAUGGUAGGGGUCCACAAGGAUGUAAUCUACAAGCCUGCUCCACCAGUCCCUCUUUCUUUUGCUUUGUUUUCAAUUCUACUAUUUUCUUCAAGCUGCCUCAUAUUUAGUGCUUUUUUCUUAUCUAGCUUCUCCCUUUCAUUGCCUAUAAAUUGCAGCUCCGCCUUCAACUUCAUUUCAUACACAUCAGAGACAAUUUUAAUUUAGAGUGACAUAGAGAGAAGAAAAUGGAGACCUUCCCUGUUAUUGACUUAUCAAAGCUUAGUGACGAAGAGAGAAAACCAACCAUGGAGAUGAUCCAUGAUGCCUGUGAAAACUGGGGCUUCUUUGAGUUGGUGAAUCAUGGAAUGUCUCCUGAGCUCAUGGACACUGUGGAGAUACUCACGAAGGAGCACUACAGGAAGUGUAUGGAGCAAAGAUUCAAGGAAAUGGUGGCCAGCAAGGGUCUGGAGGCUGUUCAGUCUGAAAUCAAUGACUUGGACUGGGAAAGCACCUUGUUCUUGAGCCACCGUCCUGUCUCCAACAUGGCAGAAAUCCCUGAUCUUGAUGAAGAAUACAGGAAGACCAUGAAUGAGUUUGCAGUGGAACUGGAGAAACUAGCUGAGCAACUUCUGGAGCUGUUGGGCGAGAAUCUUGGGUUGGAGAAGGGUUACCUGAAGAAGGCCUUCUGCGGGUCAAAAGGGCCAACCUUCGGCACAAAAGUUAGCAACUAUCCUCCCUGUCCAAAACCAGACCUUAUCAAGGGACUGAGAGCCCACACAGACGCAGGUGGCAUCAUAUUACUGUUUCAAGAUGAUGUAGUAAGUGGCCUCCAGCUCCUCAAGGAUGGGCAGUGGAUUGAUGUGCCACCCAUGAAACACUCCAUCGUCAUCAACUUAGGCGACCAACUUGAGGUAAUUACCAAUGGCAAAUACAAGAGUGUGAUGCACCGUGUGAUUGCUCAGACGGACGGUACCAGGAUGUCAAUAGCUUCAUUCUACAACCCAGGUAGUGAUGCUGUUAUUUACCCAGCUCCAGCGUUGGUUGAGAAAGAGGCAGAGAAGACCCCAGGGUAUCCUAAAUUUGUGUUCGAAGACUACAUGAAACUCUAUGCAGGCCUCAAGUUCCAAGCCAAGGAGCCGAGGUUUGAAGCAAUGAAGGCCAUGGAUCCUAUAGCAACUGCUUGAGACUGAUCAAAGAGGCUUUAGUUAUGUAUGUGUGUGCAUGUGUCAAUAACAAAACUAAUUAAGCCGCUAUUGAUGAUGAAGUUACUGAUUGAUUAGUGUAACUAAAAUAAAUAAUUAUGCCGAAAGUUUGGUUCUAA